AUGCUGCGCGGCACGCGUUGCUGUGGCGGCCGCCUGCUGGGGACAUACCAGCGGAUCGCAUGGCGAAGCGCGCCUCAGGGGUGUCGGCUCUGGGCGCGAGAGCUGCGGCCCCCCGUCAGGAGACUGGCAUCUCAGGGCGAUCCCGAAGCUUCUCCGACGCUGAGUACCGAGGAGCUGGCGCUCAUCAUCCCGCCGCGCAACUUCAUCCAGGCCUUGCGGGUGACUUCAACGCAACCGCAUGAGCUACGGAAAGCUUUCGACCGCCUCGAUAUCGACGAGUCGGGUACGCUUUGCUUCGCGGAGCUUCGUGCAUUGAUCGCUGAGGCGAAGAUUGCGAAAACCGCUUAUCCUCUCGUCUACGUUCCCUUCGUUCCGGCGGCCAUGGCAUCGACGCUGCACGUGUGGAUGGUCUCAGGUUCCGAGGUGGCCUCCAUCCCUAGGGAGGAGCUAUCGGAUGUGAGGAGCUUGAAGCAGCGGCUCCAGGGCCUCUCGGGGAUCCCGAGGUUCAGACAGGAGCUCUGUAAGGGCGGUGCUGUCUUGGAGGAUUCUGAGAUCUUGCAGACCUCCGAUGUUCAGCUGCUUCUACUCCCCUAUGCUGAGACCUCGCAAUAUGAUGAAGACAAGCUCACAGCCUUUGCAGCCUCUGGCUGCUUCGCGGAGAUUGAGCGGGUGUUGCUGCUACGCCACGAUCCAAAUGUAGUCGAUUCAAUUCUUGGUCUCUCGCCUCUUUACUACGCCUCCGAGCGUGGGCAUCUCGAGAUCGUACGCCUCCUCUUGGAAGCUUGCGCUGAUGCAGACUUUGGAGACCGGAGACACGACAUCACGCCCCUCCUGGCUGCCUCGCGAAAUGGACGCGUGGACAUAGCGAAGUUGCUGCUGGAGGCUGGAGCGGACAAGCAGAGAUGUAACUGCCGAGGUGAAACGCCUCUUUGGGUGGCAUCGUGCAGGGGAAACACAGACAUGGUCCGCCUGCUGCUGGACACUGGGCUCAAUGUAGACCAGGCUGACAACAGUGGCGAAACACCCCUCUGCGUGGCGUGCCGUUUUGGUCGGGAGGAAAUCGUAUGUUUGCUACGCCAGGCAGGUUCCGACAUUUUCCGGACGAACCGAAGAGGCGACUCACCCCUCAGCUUGGCGAUUGGGCAGCGGACAGGGCCUGUUUGUUUGCUUCUUUGCUGUUGGAGGCCAGCCUUGGCCCUUCUUGGCUUGCUGCGGAGUGCGCAGGGAAGCAGAGCUCAGAAACGGAUACUGCAACUUCGUGGCUUCGGAUCUCGAAGCUAG